GCAUGUGGUCGGCCAUGGUCCGGCACGUGACCGCGCUCGGGUCGCCCAAGACGCUCAACGUAGUUGCCUUCUCGGGCGGCGUCGACUCGUCCGUCGUCGCUGCGCUUGUUCAUGAGGCAUUUCCGACUAACAGCGUCGCCUGCCUCGGCGUCUCGGCGGCGCUGCCCUCCGAGCAGCUCGCACUCGCACGCAAGGUGGCCACGGACAUUGGCAUUCCGCUAUGGGAGACGCCGACGACCGAAGGCGCCGAUCCGCUCUACAUUGAAAACAAAGGCCAGAGCUGCUACUACUGCAAGACCAACUUGUACACGACGCUCAACGACGUGGCGACGCAUGUGCACACGACACACCGGGGCAGUGGUCGACCGCGGCUUUUCAACGGCACGAAUGCGGACGACAAGCUCGACCCGACUCGACUCGGCCUCGUCGCCGCCUCCGAGUUUCAGGUCGUGAGCCCGCUCCAAGACCUUACGAAGAGUGACGUCCGCGCACUCGCCAACGAACGAGGUUUGCUCAAUUGGAACUUUGCUGCGUCGCCAUGUCUUCGGUCGCGCCUCGCGUUUGGCGUCACUGCCACAGCGGACCACCUCCAGCGUGUCGCGGCUGCGGAGGCUUUUGUCCGGUCGUUCUUGCGGCUGGCGCCACACGAGAACCUCCGCGUGCGGUUUCUGCCGCAGAACCACGCGGCCAUCGAGCUGGAUGCGGCGCGCCAUUUGGCCCUUUCAGUGACCGAGACGGCGAUCCUCGCUGCCAAAUGCGUCGAAUUAGGUUUUACAAAGACUCAUGUGCGUGCCUUCCGGAGCGGUAGCGUCUCGGGCUUUGCCUCCAACGUCCAAGUGGUCCACUCAACAAACAAGGUGGUGCAUGUGUCAGCAAACCCACUCCCACACAUGCAGACGUAG